AUGGGCAGGGGCAGUCGCGCUUUGGCCGAGUUUCUCAAUGCUAGCACCGCCGGCAACAAGAACUGCAUCUUCCACCCCGCGAAGCCAUCAUCUCCAGGUAUCGUUAUUACCGAUACCGAAGCCGGGCUUUGGAGCGAUGACUUGAAGCUCCAUCCUCAAAGCCUCCAAAACAACGAAGCUGUUAACGAAGUUGUCAACAACAACAGCGAUGACUCUCGCGACACCAAUGUCAGGCGUCGUCGUCGCGCUCGCUCUCCUUCAGCCCCAUCAUAUUCGGAUAGCCUUAGCGAAACUCUCGUUACGCAAGACAGGCGUGUUGUCACUUCUCGAUUAGCUGACGGUUGUGCCAACAUCCAUAAGCAUUUGACCGAACAAGAGAGGAAUUCCUAA